AUGUACAUCCAUCGAAUACAAGUGGAGAUCGGAUGGAUGUCCAAGUCAACUUCAACAUCAAGCCAGACGAUAAUUGCUAGUGAAAAAUCAGAAUUAUUAAUAACAAAAUCAUUGAGUGAAGCUACAAAUUUCGGUUCGGAUUUGGAGUAUAUUCCUUCAAUACAAAUGAAGCGACCAAAAAUUAAUAUUUUAACUCCAGAGCUGAUUUCCGCACUUGACAGAGCUAAUGUAAGCGGUAGAAAUGCCAUGUUUAUUAUAGCUCCCAUUCUGACAAGCGUUGGUAUCAAUAUAGAAGAUACAACUCUGAGUUAUAGUACAAUUCAACGAACUCGUAUGAUGUUCCGCAAAGACUUAGCUCAAGGAUUAAAAAAUGAUUUUAAAACACACGACAAAUACGUCAUGCACUGGGAUGGAAAAAUACUACAGGACAUUACUGGAUCUAAAUCCGUCGAUCGGCUUCCAAUCCUCCUUACAGCAUUUGGUAUUGAACAAUUACUUGGAGUCCCAAAAAUGGACUCUGGAACUGCAGAGAAUCAAAUAUCGGCUAUUUUA